GCUGGGCAUCCCGUCCUCAGACCCGUUUCAGCAAGCGGUUCAGACCUGGCGGAUUACUAUGAAGUUGUAGGCGUGCAGAGACACGCCUCCCCCAGGGACAUCAAGAAGGCAUCCCGGAAACUGGCACUAAAGUGGCACCCAGAUAGAGAUCCUGAGACUAAAGAAGAAGCAGAGCGAAAAUUCAAACAUGUGGCUGAGGCAUCUGAGGUGUUAUCAGAUGCUAAAAAACGGGACAUCUAUGACAAAUAUGGCAAAGAAGGAUUAAAUAGUGGAGGAGGAGGCGGCAGUCACUUUGACAGUCCUUUGGGGUUUGGGUUCACCUUCUGGAACCCAGAUGAUGUCUCCAGGGAAUUUUUCGGAGGAAGGGACCCUUUCACCUUCUUCGAAGACCCAUUUGAAGACAUCUCUGUGAACGGAAGGGGUCCCCGAGGAAGCAGCAGCCUUGGUGGCUCUUCUUUCUCCGCCUUCAGUGGAUUUCCAUGCUUUGGAGGUGGAUUUUCUUCAUUUGAUGCAGGAUUUACUUCAUUUGGGUCCCUGGGUCAUGGGGGCCUCACUUCAAUUUCAUCCACAUCAUUUGGAGACAGUGGAAUGGGUAACUUCAAAUCUGUGUCAACGUCUACUAAAAUCGUUAACGGUAGAAAAAUCACCACAAAGAAAACUGUGGAGAACGGUCAGGAAGGAGUAGAAGUUGAAGAAGACGGACAGUUAAAGUCCUUAAGGAUAAAUGGUGUUACUUCUGCCCUCGGAUGAGUUCCUGGACACCUCCACCUCCUUCUCUGCCCC